CUCCGAAGUACUAAUUAUCUUUAAACGGGUUUUACGAGACGCGAUCGGCCGCGCCGCGGGCGCCGUCGCAAAGGCCCAUUAGAGAAGCUAAUACUCUAGCCAUGGCCCCCAAGAAGAGCACGUAUGCGCCUGCGAACUACGGCUCGGUCGCCGAGGCGCUGGUGGGCCUGUACGGCGAGAAGGUGCGCGGGGCGGAGCAGCAAAUGCUCUUCGACCGGUUUACGACGUCUCUCCUGUCGGACGCGGAACUCUUGGCGAAACCCAUGGUCCUGCUGCUUGGUCAGUACUCGGCGGGCAAGACGACGUUCAUCCGCUACCUCGCGGGGCGCGACUUUCCAGGCAUCCACAUCGGCCCCGAGCCGACGACGGACGGCUUCGCCGCGUUGAUGGACGGCACGAGCCCGACGCCCAUCCCGGGCAACGCCGCGACGGCCGACAAGCGACGGCCAUUCCGAGCGCUCAGCCGCCACGGCGCCGCGUUCCUCAACAAAUUCUGCAUCUCCGAGCUGAGGUGCGACCUCACGAAGGAACUCACGCUCAUCGACACGCCCGGCAUCCUGGCCGGCUCCAAGCAGACCAUGGGCCGGAACUACGACUUCGCCGAGAUCGUGAAGUGGUUCGCCGAGCGCAGUGAUCUGAUUCUGCUCCUCUUCGACGCGCACAAGAUCGACAUAUCGGACGAGCUCAAGACGGUCAUCGAGUCCCUCCACCAGCACGACGAGAAGAUGAGACUGGUGUUAAACAAGGCCGACGCCCUCACGACGGAGGAGAUCAUGCACGUCUACGGGGGCACGAUGUGGUUCCUCGGCAAGGUGUUCAAGACGCCGGAGGUCAAGCGGAGCUACAUGUCGUCGUUCUGGGACAAGCCGCUGCGAAACCCGGAGCUCGAGCGGUUCAUGUCCGAGGAGCGCGAGCGGCUGCUGGCCGACCUGUACGCGCUGCCCGCCGGCGCGCGGACGCGCAAGGUGAACGAGUUCAUCAAGCGCGUGCGCAAGGGCCGGGCCCACUGCCUCGUGUUCAAUCCUGUGUGGAAAUCAAAUUUCGGACGCCCCACGCCAUCGACGCGAUGUUGUCUCCGUAGCUGCAUCUGCUCGAUGGCGUGGCAAUUCCACGCCAUUGGCGCGACGUUUUCCUCGCGACCGUGUCGGCUCGAUGGCGUGGGGGCUCACGAAGGUCCACACAACAUUUCUCAGGAUAACCUAACUCACUGGUUGAUUUCCACACAGGUUCAAUCACCUCCGGAGGUCGAUGCCGUCGAUGAUGGGCAAGGCCAAGGCCAAGGAGCGGUUGCUGAGCACGCUCCCGGACGAGUUCCGCAAGGUCGCGCAGCAGGCCAACGUCCCCCUGAACGACUUCCCGAACCCCUACGAGUACGCGCAGACGCUCGCCACGUACGACCUGUCGAAGCUGCCGAAGGCGUCCAAGGAAACCCUGCAGCUCUACGAGGACGUCAUCGAGCGGGACCUCCCCGGCAUCAUGCAGCACUUCACCUCGACGCCGGGCGCGCCGCCGCCGUCGGCGUCCUCGCUGCAACCCGACGGCGAGCUGCGCGGCUGGCUCCACAAGCAGGCCACGUCGGGCAAGUGGCAGCGGCGCUACUUCGCGCUGCGGGAGGGCACGCUUGAGUACUACCGGCGGCCGGAGGAGCCGAAGCCGUCCGGCGCCGCGUGGAAAUCAAAUUUCGGGCGCCCCACGCCAUGGACGCGACGUUGUCUCCGUAGCUGCGUCUGCUCGAUGGCGUGGAGUUUUCAGGCCAUGGACGCGACGUUGUCGCCCGUGACGGCGUCGGUUCGAUGGCGUGGAGGUUCACGAAGGUCCACGCAAUAUUUCUCAGGAUAACCUAACUCACUGGUUGAUUUCCACACAGGUCCGGCGCGCUGGACCUCGCGGGGUGCCGCGCCAAGCCGAGGCCCGAGUCGGACCGGCCGUUCACCAUUCGGAUCGAGACACGCGAGCGGCCCUACCACCUCGCGGCCGCCUCGGGCGACGAGAUGUCCGAGUGGUUGCUGUGCCUGCAGCACCACUGUUCGCGGGGCGAGUCUGGCUAGGUGGCCUAGGUAGCUAGGACGGGUAUAUUGCGCGUUGCGAACACGUUGCAUGCGACACUGGCACGAGCUUCGGGCAUCAUGAUCGAGGUCGACCGUGAGUCGUCGUGAGUCCGUGACUCGGAGAAGCUCUCGGAGAGCAGUAGGUCGAGUGGCCCCUGAGUGUGGCGAUUACAGUUCCGAGUCGUGAUGUCACUGACUCGGAUGACUCCUUGCUCGAAAACUUGAAUCAUGAUGGUGUAAAAGUCCAUUUAGGCUGGCACAACUUAUUCAUAUUCAUCGCGAUCGGCAUGUGAAGGGGGUGGGACCAUACGGCAGUUGCGGGUCACAUGACGCCGCAGACCCCCGACAGGCGGCUCUUGCGCGCGGCGGCCCGUGCGGCAGCCUUCUCGGCGGCGAGCCGCGCGGCGCGGUUGCGGCGCGCCGUCAGGCGUGCGGGAUGCGUGUCCGUGGAUGCGCGCGGCGGCGGCGGCGGCCGGCGGGAAAGUUUGAGGCGCAUCGCGGCACGGCGCCGCAGCGCGUCGUCCGCGGCGGCGGCCGCGGCAGCGACGAGGUCCUCGAGGACCGCAUCCAUGGCGCGCCGCGC